CGGAUGUCGCUUCAUGGCCACAAUUUGAGCGUUUUUGAAGCACCCGCGUCCCUCAUUUGAAGUUUUCUUCCCUCCUUUACCCGGCUAUGGGGGGACUGCUGAGGGGCGCGCGCGCAGAAUAACGGAACUUUGUUUGCGCGAAGCGCCUUCACGUGUCAGUCGCGCGCGCGACGCGGGAGUCGAUCGCCUCACACUAGUUUUCGGACACAUUCAUGAACUCCAGGGUGCAGAAACUUGAAGGCAAGAGGACGUUUUACAGCAAUGCCUGCGUCGUGGGAGCCAAGUCGCGCGAAGGAAAUGGAUUUCUGACUGAGACCGAACCGACGGCGUGGCGUUUCGCUAUGGAGAGCCAAUGAACGGGAUAGUGCGUUGGAUUAAGAUUUAAUUAGCUCAGAAGCGCGCCAACAGAAUGCGGGAGAGAGACCUACAGAGUGUGUGCAAGUGGGUGCUGCUGCUGGCCCUCUGCGUGGUUUCUCUGUGGGGGCGGCUGACUCUGGCCUCAUCCUACCGGAGCCAUAUCGUACAUGUCAAAGCUGGGACCUGCGAGGUGAUUGCCGCCCACCGCUGCUGCAACAAGAACAAGAUUGAGGAGCGGUCCCAGACGGUCAAGUGUUCUUGCUUUCCCGGGCAGGUUGCCGGGACGACCAGGGCUGCCCCCUCCUGCGUGGAUGCAUCCAUUGUUGCCCAGAAGUGGUGGUGCCAGAUGCAGCCAUGCAUGGAUGGUGAAGAGUGCAAGGUGCUGCCAGACCUCAAGGGAUGGAGCUGCAGUACGGGGAACAAAGUCAAGACCACCAAGGUCACCCGAUAGUCCUGCAUUGUGUGGUUGGGAGUGCUGGCAAGGUGCAUUCUUUUAUAUAUACAUAACGUCCACUAGAAGAAUGGAUACACACUUGUUUUGGUUGGCUUGCAUUAACCUGAAGACCUUUGCUGACUCUUGACAUCAAGACCGCUGCAGUGUGUGGCAUGGAAGAGUUGCUAGACCAGGAAAUACGAAGGAAGGAAGAAAGACUUGCCUUUAUGAUUUCAAGAACGUGACCUAUGAACAUAUAAUAUUCAGGCCAGGGGCUGUUGGUCCCUGUCUUGUCUCAGUUUAUUUUAGCUACCUUGCUUAUUUGUGGUCUCAUACAGUGGAUGGGAAUACCCAGCAUUUAAAUCAACGGCAAGCCAAGGGAUCCUAUAGGAACAUCGUGAGAAGGAGAUAAAUGAAAGC